UCCAAUGGCAGUUCAGAAUACUGCCCUGUCCAAGACGGUGACCUUUCUUAGAGUCCGCUAUAAGAAAUUCUAUUCUAGAUAAACCCGGUCUCCUUUAACAUUAAAGCACCGGCGGCACAGGCGCCAAGUAUGGGGGCCGGUGAGAGCUCGACCCGGAGAGUGUCCUUCGGUCUCGACGAGGAGGAUCGGGUUAGAAUCCUUAACGGAGUCAAGCUCUCAGAGGAUGUUCUGCAGCGGAUGCGGGAUGCAGCCCAGAGACCAGCCGCCUCUGACAGCCGCUCGGGGGAAGCCGGUAAACGACCAGGACCCAGCACCUCCGAGAUGCAAGAUGAGCUGCGCCGGAGGUAUGAGCGGGAACGUGCUCUGGUCCAGGAGGAGCUGGCCCGCGUGGCCCGGCGGGAGCAGGAGGCCGGCCGUGAGGAGCAGAGCGCGGCCGUGCUGAGGGAGCGUGCCCGGGUCCGUGAGGAGGCCGACAGGGCCCAGCAGCUGGCUAAAGACCUGGCGCAAAAGGAGGCGGAGCUGAAGGAGCUGACAGCCUUUUACAAGGAGCAGCUGACGGCGCUGGAGAGGAAGGUGCGGAGGCCCCCAGGGCUCGUCUCCCCUCCCCACGCAUCACAGGGCCGGCAUCACGCAGGCCACCCUCAUGCA